GUGAAGUUUGUCCGCGCUGGCUUCCCAUCCCUGUGGAAGCUUUCAUGCCAUUGUCUCGUUGUCAAAAACAGUCUGUCUAGUCGGAAACUUUGAAACGGGGUAAUUAUAGUUCAGGCUUGUUUCAGACACAGCCAAAUUCAAGUAUGAGCUUAUGAGAAGUGAGAGUUUUUCGAGUAGCCUUAGUACGCAACAAGUAGUUGAGCAUAGAAAAGAGCAUUUGUAGAGAAGAGAAGCGCGCAGAGCAGGUGUUGCUGAAUGGAAUGAGUUGUUGAGCGGUGCCAGAAAUCAUGGCAGAGCUGGAGGUGGAUCAGUCCAACCUACCCAGAGUCCAGGAGGUGUGCCAGUGUUUUUCUGUGCUGGAGGAUGGAGCCCUAGCUCAUAACCUGCAGGAGCAGGAAAUUGAGCAGUACUACAACUCAAAUGUGCAGAGGAGUCAGCUGGUGCAAAAGGACAUCAGAGUAGCCAAGAGACUCCAGGAUGAGGAGGAGCAGAGAGCUCAGAUGCUACAACACCAGGCCACUCGCCAACUGGAGGAACGAGACUCAGAAUACGCACGCAUGAUUCAGGAGGAGAUCCAGCGGCGUGCGGACGAAGCCCGGAGGAGGGAGGUAGAGGACGAGGAAAUAGCAAAAAGGAUUCAGGAGGAGGAAGAGCUUUAUCUGAGACACAGGAGCAGUUACCAACAUAAAGAUGGUAGAGGACCUGCUCCUAGGAGUGGAACAGCUGCUCUUGACCUGGGACAGCUGGAGCAAGUGCUGCUGGAUGAGGAGCUGGCCCGCAGGCUUCAGGAAGAGGAAGAGAGAUUGGCCGAAGAGACACCACAAGAGUCCUCACCUCUUAGAAGGGACUGUCCUGUUGGAGAUUUCAGAGCGGCGCAGGUUGCUCAAGAUGAGGAAAUUGCACGUUUCAUACAGAAACAGGAAAUAAAGGCUAAACGGAGAUCUGGUGAGCUGGAACCUGUUCGAGAAUACAGGGAUAAUGACAGGAGAACAGCAUGUGACAGACAGAGACGGAGACUGGAUUCCGAAGGUCUUCAAUCUCCAGUUGAUGACUUCACCCCAGACAAUCAGCUCACAAGUCACAGUUCCAUGACAAUGCAACCACAAGCCAUCAGGAAUAUUGCUGAAGAGCUGGACCCCACUUUUCAAAAGAGGGAUGCAGCUGAAUCAGGCCAAAUUAUUGAUUCCUGUCAGAUUCAAACGUCAGAACAAGUAGGUUUGUACAGCCCCUUGGAGGAACCUACUUUUGUGCCCCCCACGAAGCGCCAGAGUGACAAACAGGGACGAGUAAAGCCCAAGGAGAAAAAGGAAAAUGCAAAACAGAAAGAAAACUGCAAGCAGCAGUGAUGCUGGACAUAUAAAAGUGUGAAAUCAAUUGCAGUAAUAAAUUAAUAACCAAAUUAAAUUAAAGAAAUGCAUGCAUGCCCAAGCGGUUUGGGGCUUUCCAGUCUUCUGCUUUCUCCAAGACUUGGGAUACAAAUUAAACUUGAACUUGCAAAACAGGGACACUCCGUCUAGAUAAUGCUGUUAUUAGUAGUAAACAUCUGUCAUGUCAUGCUCUCUUGAUUUGUUUGUUUCAUUUUUAUUUAGCAGCUGGUUAAAGGCUGCUAUGUGGCCACAAAGGGAAAGCUCCCACUACUAGUACAUGGCAUUACACAUUUGACUUCUGGGAAAACCUGAAAUGAUACUGUGCUUUGAUAAAGGAAGUUGGCACAUGGUUGAGUGAAUCUUUUUGGAGUUUUUCUUUUUUGCAUGGCUCUUGACCUCUUAAGAUACUCUUAUCAGGCAUUCUUUUUGUAUUGCUUGUACUUUUUUCUUUCUUUACCUGUUUUCCAAAAACUACACUACUCUUAAUUUGCCCAAAGUGUUAUUUUAAUUUCUAAUGGUUGCCUUCAUUAUGUAAGAAGUUAUGUGAACUUUUUGCAGAACAUUUACAUUGUAGAAAUUAAACGUUUACUAUUCUUAAUAUUUUAAUAGUUUACGAGACUGCUUUGGUUUGAGCCAUGUUCCUUCUUUGUAGUGUACAUCAGCAUAGUCUAUAUAUAUAUAUAUAUAUAUAUAUGCAGUAGUUACGCCAGGCUGGAGGAAAUGAAACUUUUUUUUUUUGUACUGAUGCUGAGCGCUAACAUUUUAUAUGUUUUCAUCGUAUUCAGUACUGUUAUGGCAACAGUGUAAAUAAUGUGUUGUCAUAAAUCAGUAGGCAUUCAUCGCCUGUAUAAAGUUUAAAGAAUGCUUUGUACAGAAGACACAAAUUAUAUAUAUAUAAAAUUAUAAUAUCUAUAUCUUUCUUGAUGUACAUCAAUAAACACUUUUUACAUUUACA